GAGAAAGGGUCCUUGUCCCGGAGCUCACAGGCUGCCCUGUAUGCGAGACACAUGCAAUGUAACUGGUCGAAGACGGCCAGCUUCCUUCUGCGGAACUACCCAGCCAAAACCUCCUUUCGCUCUUGCGCGAGGAUCACGCAGUUGACCCCGCGUGUGGGUCGCUACACAAUCCCGCCCACAGGACUUCUUCCUCACCUACGGGGGUUUCGAGGUCUUGCUACUUCUGCUACCCCCUCUACACUACAAGGCGACACUAAACCUUCCGAACCUGACGGUGUUACCACUUCCAUCCGCGAGACCUCUGCAGGACUUUCCGCUGCCCAGAUCUCGCGUGCCGCCGCGCAGGCGGUUCGCCUCUCGGUUCAAGAGGGGAACUAUGGAGAUGCGUUGUACGUGGUCAACUCUGCCUGCCACUCCGUUCUGCAAGGCCCCCUCGACGCCAGCGCCCAGCGCGCAUCCCGUCUCCAACCUAUCCAAUUCGGCUGUGCCGUCUCUCCUCGUCUUUCGGCACACUCCUUCCUACACGGCCUUAUACGCGCGGGAUACGCCAAGAAGGCUGAGACCUAUGCUCGACUUAUGCUACGUGCUGGCAUCCCAAUCCGCUCCAGCACGCUUGAGUCCGUCGUCUCCUCUCUGGUUGCUUCUCCCUCUAGCUUGCCCAAGUUUGGACCAUUUGCGCGCAUCAUUCCCCGGAAGCCCGCUAUCGACCAUCCUUCAGCGAUGCAGUUGCGGAGUGACCGGGUAACAGACAAGUGCGCCCGCGCUGCCCUCACUCUACUGCAGGAGGCUCGCAUCUUUGGCCAACGACGGACGGAACGGAUGUACAAAGUCCUGAUCGGGACACUUCUCAUGCAAGGGGAAAUCCUGGUUGCUUCAUUGCUCUUCGUGCUGCUGUUGAAGGACUUCGAGCUGCGGAAGCGGGAGGUCAUUGACAACGACGACCGCGGCGGACCCAAUUACAUCACCCACGACACCCUCCGUCAAUCCCUUCCUUCGCGCGCUGCUCUGGUCGAUAUGCCGUUUCCCAACCCUCAAAUCAUGCGCAUGAUCGUAGAUGCUAUCGCUGCGAAAAACGAGUUGGAGUCGGAUUCGCCUACUUCCCAGUACUUGCAAAGCCUCGCCAUCUUCGCGAUGCUCCUGGACACCGGCCAGAUUGGACACCCCCGUGUGGCCUCCCUCAUCGCCGCUUUGUACCAGUGUCCCAAGACCUCAGCGCGUGUCUGGAUAUUGCGAGACGGCAAACCUGUGCGCGUAGGAGCGUACACGUAUAUCCACGGGGUGCUCAAGCGACUCAUCUGCGCCUUGGGGACGGGUCACCCUACGCGUCCUACCCCGGAGCUGUCUAGGAAAGCGUACAACUCGCUGCUCUCGUAUGCACUACGACACCGUCUCUCCCCGGAGAUGGCGUCGACCGUGCUCCAGCACAUGUGUGUUGUUCGCGAACCGCCCUUUGCUCCGGACCUUGUCACGUACAACAUCUUGCUGCGUUCGGGAACGCUCCUGCGGAACAUGUCAAUCAGCGAAGCUGUACUCACGGUGUUGCGCAAUACAACGAAAGACGGGACGCUUCAAACUAUGUUCGGCCAACUCGAGGCUGACAGAGUCAAGGCACUGGACGCGGCGGCACCUUCGAAGUCUGCGGACGGCAGCGAGCGGACGGCGUCGUCCGAAGGGGAAAGAGUGAUAACGCGUAACGCGCCCAGCCUCGACCGCACUUUGCAGCGACUCCAGAUGAAGACUUUGACCUUACCGGAGAGCGUUCGCAACCCCACCCGGAAGAUAGCAUCCGACCAGUACACGCUUUCAAGCUUCGUGACCCACUUGACGUCGACCGGGCAGCCUGAGGCAAUAACCAAGAUGCUAUUCAAGGUCCUCCCCGAGCUUCACCUCAUCCGUCACCCCGCGCGGGCCUCCGAAUUCCCCGAGCGCAUUCCACAGCGGUUCGACCGCACGAAGGCCCUCCAGCGUGCGGUCGCCCAUGGGCCGUACGUGUACGCGAGCCUCAUCAACGCACUCGCGAAGGCCGGCGACGUCGGGCUUGCGGAGCGCGUGCUCAUCCUCGCCCAGCGCGCGGAGCGUGCCAGCCACACCGGGCUCGUCCCGGACGUCGAUCCGUGGCGGCUCUCCGUGCACGCGUACACCGCGAUGAUGCAAGCCUACGCGAAGGCCGCGCGAGGCCGCAAGCGCGCCCCGCAUCAUGUGGGCGCAGAGCUGCUGCAGGAGAGCGAGGGGCGCGUGCACGCGCUCACGCACCAGAACCAGCGGCACGGCUACGCGCUCUUCGUGCAGAUGAUGAGCGAGCAGGACCGCCGACCGCGCACGCUCACGAGGCCGCAGCAGUCGCGGCGGAACGCGAAGCUGCUGUAUCGCUCGAUGACGUCGGGCGGGCGGGCGGUGCUCGAGGGGCUAGUCCGCAACAAGGCCGUUAAUCCGGGACGCACGAGGAAGAUGUCGCGGGAGGCGUACAAGAUCAAGCCAGACGCGCGAUUCUUCAACGCCGCGCUCGCGCUCUUCGCACCUCGCCCCAAACGUACGGACAACCGCCGCCGUUCUCGCGCUCACUGGGAACGUCAGUUGCGGCUCGACAGGACGCGGCAGCACUCGGGUACUGCUCCGAAGGCGUCGGCGACGCUGCAAAAGCUCGCGAAGUGGAUGGUGACCUCUGGCUUCGAUGUGCCCCUAGGCUACCGCCCUCUGUUGAAAGGGACAGCGAAGACGGAUAACUGGGAUGCGAGAUGGUCGCGGAAGACACUGGUCUGCUAUCCCUAUGCGUUCCCGAGGCUCCGAAGACACUGCUCCCAGCCCUUCAGCAUUCCUACCUUCAAGACACGAGGCUUGCCUAUAGGACGGAGGACUGUGAGGCGUACGCGGAAAUCGGCGAAAGGACUCAACACGGUAGACACUGUAACAUAGGCGCAUGUAAUUCCUCCAACGUAUAUAACAGUACGGUUAAUGCAGAACAGUUGAUUCACAGUCAUUGUCGUUCAGUUGAUAAUAAGCAAGCUUUAGAUUAUAGGUCUAACUAUGUCAACGCUACGUAGAUAUGUCUUCCGGGGCUGGCGGCGGCGGCGGCUCUAAAUGUGCGACGAUGAUACCUUUUCUAGCAUCUCUCGGCUUCCACUCCCUCCCCACUCCAGCAAGGCUUUGCAGUGUCCGCUCGACCUUCUCCUGAACUAGCGCGGGGUCCACCCCUCUGUCUAGCUUGUCGGACGACCUGUUCUUCUCUUUCUUCGGUGGCGGUGGAAGGAUGAAGACCGCCUCCACGCGCUCGCCGCCCCGCAAUGCGGACUCGAUGGACUUGAGGCCCUCCCAAGACGCGCCGUCACUAUCCACCCACUUCAGGUCCACGGUCCUCUUCCGGCGCAGCGACUCCAAGAACACCGCUACCGCCUGCUUGUGCACCGUGCGCUCCUUGUACUCCUUCCCGACCUCCUCCAGGAACGCCAACGCCUCCGCGAUCAUCUUCUCCUGCUGCGCGGGGCUCGGGAGCACCUGCCCCUUCUUCGGCGCGAAGACGAGGUUGACGCGGUGCCCGUCCGCGAGGUCCGCGCGCACCUUCUUCAGCUUGAACUCCAUGUCCGCCGCGCCGACGCCCCAGGUGAGCUGCACCUCCUUCUCCUCGGGCGGCUUCUUGCUCGCGUGCACCCGCUUCUUCGUCUUCUCGCGGUCGUACAGCAGCUUGCGGUCGUGCAUCUUCACGAUCGGCUCUGGCUCGGUCGUCAUGAGCUCGAGGAAGUGCGUCUUCGGGUUCAUGCCCGCGAGGAUGACGCGCAGGGACGCGGGCGGGUUGAGCGCGCCCGUCUCUGGGUUCACGAGGCGCACCACCGGGUUCUUGAUCUCCUCAUUACGCGGCUUGCGGUGCUCCCGCGAACCCUUUUUCUCGUCCGGAGGUGGAGGCGUGCUAAUUCUCUGUUCCUGCAGGGCGCGAGACUUGCUGGGUUGCGCCCGAGGCGCGGACGCACGCGAGGCGUGAGGCGGAGGGUCGCG